UUGUGUGAGUGAGCUUGUUGAAGUUGAAGUCAUUUGCGAGCAAGUGCUCAAUAAUUGAAAAUUUCGUAAACUUUUUCGAUAAAUUAUAACGUUUGGGGUGAUUUUUUACUUUUUGGCGUAUUCCCUACCGCUUUUGAUUGUGCUGAAUAUAUUACGUAAUUCGGAACGGCAUUUUUGCGUCGAAAUGCCAACUGCAAGUGCCGCAUCAUGGGUGAGAUUUUUCGCCAAUGCCGGAAUACCAUCCCAAGCUGCAGCCGGAUACGCUCACGUCUUUGUCGAAAACCGGAUACAAAUGGAUAUGCUGAUGGAUUUGAAUAAGGAGUAUCUCCGAGAGAUGGGGAUCACCACAAUGGGCGAUAUUAUAGCAAUUCUGCGCCAUUCAAAGAUCGUCAGCGACCAGAGUGCGAGGGACAAAGUUUUGUCAACACCCGGAGACGUCGAACAUGGAAGCAACAACGGUAAUCCAGUGGUACCAGUUGCAGCGGUAUCCGCAACGCAGAGCUCUACCCCAAAGUCUGUUAUAUCCAGACCAAACUCGACAGUAUCGCUUCCCAGCAAACAGCGUAGAGUUUUUCCAGAGCAUAAGAUCACACUUCCUGCAGGGACAGGCAAGUCCAAUAAUAGCGAUAUUCGAAUAAUAACCGACACAUCGGAUCGAAAAAGUUCACUCACAUCAACUGUAGGAAGCCUCGGAAACAAGAAGGGUGUGUUUAAACGAUUGUCGCAUAAUUCCGACGACGAUGUCGGAAAAGAUGACGAUCAACCACCGGCUAAAAUAGCAUCAAUAGUUGCACAAAAAGAUUCAGAGAUGGUUGGUGGCUCGAUUUUCUCUCGACUGGGGGGAAAGAGCAAACGGGAUUCCUCUGAUGCACCUGCUGGAAUUCUGAAGAAUUCAUCGAGUAAAAUUGUCCCCACGGAACGCCAAAUUCCUACUGGUCCACAGAAGGUAAUUCUGGUGAAAAAAAUACCAGCAAAAGCGAUUACAGUCUCCGAUGAGGAAGAUAUGCACAGGAGCAGUCGACAGCGUGAUUUUGACCGCAUGGAUACAAGCGACAAUCAGAAGUCGGUAUCCUUCUCGGAGGAGGAUGAAGUUCUUGAAUUUGCACCCCGUCCUCCACGCCCUAAGACUGCUUCAAUGGCUGGUCCUCGAUCACGUUUCCACGAGCGGGAUAUUCCGGUCAGAGCUCGACUUGGACAGUCACCAAAUCGCAAGCAGCAAAUUUCGCCUCUGAGAGGGCCAAAAAACACAGUUUUUAUGAAAGCAUCGACUGCUGGCAAUGUGACCACCCUGUCACCGUCAUCCUUAGCGCGAUCGAAGAUGAAAUCGGACGCAAUGCUGAUACGCAAAACCACGCCCAUAAAGAAUCGAUUGAGUUUGGGAUCGAGCACAUCACCGCCAGGCCGACGAAUGACUCAGCGUGCGGAACGAUUCAGUCUAGAUUCCAAAAUGGCCAGUAUGAAACUGAGGGGACCUGGUAAACCUAUUCAUAGGUUCAAGUCACCCCAAAAACACGGAGCAUCAACAGCAACAAGUGUUUUCGAUCGACUUGGGUAUAACAGGAAAUAGAUCAUCUAUUCAUGUGACAACAUAUUGAUUUGAAAAGCUUGGCUAAGCUGCCCUACGGGGAAUCCGUAGUUAAUGUUCAUAAAACAAUACAAAACUAAUGUAUUAAACUAACAAUUUGAGAUAAUUGAUCGUGAUUAAAAGGUUGAUCUUACUGAAAUUAGACUUGUUCGCGAAGAUUUUACUUGGUGGAACAAUAAGAUUCAACGAUAAAAAUAAAGCUCUCGAAAUUGUAAUCCGCUAUAGAGU